AUGAAACGGGCCCCGUUGUGUAAUGUAGCUCCGAAUCUGUGGAACAAGCUGUGGAGUUCAAAAGUUCUGGAGCGUCACAAAGUCCUUUGGUGGAGUAUCCUCUCGAAUACGCUACCUGUUAGGGCUAUCCUUUCUAAGAGAGUGGUUAUUGAUGAAAUCACCUGCCCCUUUUGUGGUAAUGGUGAUGAAACUAUGGAGCAUUUAUUUCUCUAUUGCGAUCUGGCGUCCCACCUUUGGAGAUCUUCCCCCUGGGGAGUUAUGCCUAUUGUAGAAUCUGGGGCCCGUAUGUGGGACUGGGUUAGUUUUCUUUAUAGGACCAGAGGAGUGGAUACGGAUGGGUUAUUCCUUUAUGCUUCUAUCGUGGUUGACACGAUUUGGAGGGCUCGAAACGACAAGGUUCAUAAUAACAAUAUGGGUAGCUUGAAACAUUACAUUGAUUCUAUAAAUUAUUGUUACGCUGAUUAUGGAUCCAGUUUGCUCAAGUCUCGACAGGUUGCUGAUACUCUGGGUUGGUCCCCCCCCGCCUGA